GGAGGCAGCCCGCGGGCUCGCGAGGCAGGCGCGCACACGCGAGAGGGAGCCCCGGGGAGCGCCCGGCAGCCGCGCCGCCAUGUGCGAGCUGUACAGCAAGCCGGACACCCUGGCGCUGAGGAGGAAGCACAUCGGUUUUCAAUCCCACGUAGUUAGAUUCCAGUGCAAACCCAGUGACUUCUAAUGUGAACUGAAGAAAUUCUGUGAAAGGAGGAAUGUAGCCAUGGACAGCCUGAAAGAAUUUUACCUGAAGUCUGAGUGGCGAGGUGGAAAGUACCCUUAGCAAGGGAAGGUGAAGUCUGCAGUUAACAGCCCACAUUCAUGACAAAGACCCUCAUGCAAAGUUUUCUUUGCUGCGGAUCCCAUCAAAAUAGUGCGAGCCCAGCGGCAGUACAUGUUUGACGAGACAGGUGAACAGUACCUCGACUGCAUCAACAACGUUGCCCACGUGGGACACUGUCACCCAGACGUGGUCAAGGCUGCCCUGGAACAGAUGGAACUGCUAAACACAAAUUCUCGAUUCCUCCACGACAAUAUUGUGGAGUAUGCCAGGCGCCUUGCAGCAACCCUGCCGGAGAAACUCUCUGUUUGCUAUUUUACAAAUUCAGGAUCUGAAGCCAACGACUUAGCCUUACGUUUGGCUCGGCAAUUCAGAGGCCACCAAGACGUGAUUACCCUUGACCAUGCUUAUCAUGGUCACCUAUCAUCUUUAAUUGAGAUCAGUCCAUAUAAAUUCCGAAAGGGCAAAGAUGUCAAGAAAGCAUUUGUGCAUGUGGCACCAACUCCAGAUACUUACAGAGGCAAAUACAGAGAAGAUCAUGCAGACCCAGCCAGCGCUUAUGCAGAGGAAGUAAAGGAAAUUAUUGAAGAGGCUCAUAACAGUGGAAGGAAGAUUGCUGCCUUUAUUGCUGAAUCCAUGCAGAGUUGUGGCGGACAAAUAAUUCCUCCAGCAGGCUACUUCCAGAAAGUGGCAGAAUACGUACACAGAGCAGGAGGUGUGUUUAUAGCUGAUGAAGUUCAGGUGGGCUUUGGCCGAGUUGGGAAACAUUUCUGGAGCUUCCAAAUGCAUGGUGAAGACUUUGUUCCAGACAUUGUCACAAUGGGAAAACCAAUGGGCAAUGGCCACCCAAUGGCAUGUGUGGUAACAACCAAAGAAAUCGCAGAAGCCUUCAGCAGUUCUGGGAUGGAAUAUUUCAAUACGUAUGGAGGAAAUCCGGUAUCUUCUGCUGUUGGUUUGGCUGUCCUGAAUAUAAUUGAAAAUGAAGACCUUCAAGGAAAUGCCACUAGAGUAGGGGAUUAUCUUACUGAGUUACUCAAUAAACAGAAAGCUAAACAUACUUUGAUAGGAGACAUCAGAGGCAUUGGCCUGUUUAUUGGAAUUGACUUGGUGAAGGACCGUCAGAAGAGGACCCCCGCCACAGAUGAAGCUCAACAUGUCAUCUACAAGAUGAAAGAAAAGCGAGUCCUUCUGAGUGCCGACGGACCUCAUCGAAAUGUGCUUAAAAUAAAACCACCUAUGUGCUUCACGGAAGAAGAUGCGAAGUUUAUGGUGGACAAACUCGAUGAGAUUCUAACAGUUUUAGAAGAAGCCAUCGGAGUCCAAAGUGAGAGUAUGAUCUCUGAGAAUUCUCCAUGCAGAGCAAAGUUGCCGAACGAAGCACACUCAGAACAGCUCGGUGACGGCACCUCGGACCCCAGGGAAAAUCCCAGCCCAAAGAGGAACGGACUGUGCACAGAUAAACAUUCCUUGCUCAAGAAUAUUAGGGCUGGUAAAAUCAAAGCCAUUUGGAAAAAAUCACAUACAGCAAGUGUUAAGAAGUAAGUGGAUAAAUCAGACCUCUGGCUGAGGACCAGGUUAGUCAAGAUCCUGUGGAGUCGUGGUGGGGGCCUGGCGGCAGCCAGGAGCACAAAAGUCAACUCAGAAGCACACAGACAUAGCUAGAACAGAGGCAGUAGCCAAAGCACUGUGUUCAGUCAGGUGACCUCAGCUCUGUCUACGUCAGAUUGUGUCACCUUGACAAGUCACUAACCUGUCAGGUAGGAAGUUACCUUUCAACCAGCCGUCUUCCUUUCUCAUCAAGUUUAUCAGUACCCAGCACACACCCCACCCCCAACCCCCACCCCACCCCGCACAUGCGCACACAUACGUACGCGCGCGCACACACACACACACACACACACACAUAUUUGUAACCAGACAUUGGCCAAGGGAAGUGAGGAAAUCUGGAACCUCAAGGGUCUCUUUGUAACAUGCUGGUAUCAUGAGACAUUCACUUGGAGGCCAAUGUACUGAACUGGAAGAAACUUGACUUUUACUAUUCACUUCCCAUUCUGUCUCUAUGGCCUUCCUAAGACUUAUUAAACUUUGUAUUUUGGUUUUUGUUCCAUACAGGAGAGAGAAUAAUUUUGCUAUGGCUGUUUCAUGACAACUGAGAGGGAUGUUGAGAGGGAAAUUAAUUGUAAAAUCUUCCUUUCUGAGUUCAUCAUUAAUUAAAAUGCUGUUUAAAAAAACAGGGCCUUGUUAUUAAGUACUUUUUCCUCCUAAAAAUAUCACUGACUCUGUGAGUUAGUUCUGGCUGGAUAGUACUGAAGUUGG